AUGGAUGUUACAGAGACGAUACAGAACGUACAGUGUCAGCUGUAUCCACAGUUGACACUGAAACAUGAACAAAUUUCCUCCAUAGGAAACAUUCUCCAGGGAAAUAAUAUUAUAAUAGUCAAUCUGCCUGUUGGGUUUGGAAAGAAAAUAUUUGAAGACCUUGGAAGAGUGCAGAAUAAGGUAUUGGUGGUGUCUCCUCUAAAUGCCAUUAUGGAAGAUCAAUGUAAAAAGUUGAACAAGAUUAAUGUUAAGGUUGUUCAGCUUAGCCAGAAGUGCCAGAUCAUUGAGAACAACAAAGACAGCUGUGAAAAUGUCAUACAGGAAUCACUUAGUGCCAGUAUCAUUCUGACACACCCUGAGGGACUGUUAGUUGCAGAAAAUGGUGUUAAAUUGUUACGAGCAUUGGAGGGAAAAGUUGGCGCAAUUGUCAUUGAUGAAUGUCACAAAAUUGAUGACUGGGGAAGAGAAUUCAGAAAAAGUUUUUCAGAAUUAGUAGUUCUGAAAUCUUUCUUCAACAAUGUCCCUAUAGCAUGUUUAAGUGGAACACUAACAGGAAAACAUAUAAAUGCUUUAUCCAAGCAGUUGCUUAUAAGCAAUUUUAAAGUCAUUUCUAUCUCCAGAGUGUUCAACCUCGUUUUAGGCUUGUUUUUACAACAACAGUAG